CACGGCACAUGGCACAUGGCGCUCGGUCGCGAGUUGGGCGCUCAGUCCAAUAGAGGCAUUUGGAACGAGAUGCGACUGCUACUGCUGCCGGCCGGGGUGCUCGUGCUCCUGCUGUUCCUGCUCCGACUGCCCCUGCACGGGGACGGAGCGGGUCGGGUGAUAUACUUUAACCAGCUGAAAGAGAACCAGACCCUCCAGGCGGGCAAGAAUGCGACGGACAGGCUCGGCAAGGGCAUGCUCUUCGAUGUGGGACGGGGCAACUGCCAUCGAGGGUACAUGCACGAUCAUCAUGGCCGCUGUCGGAGGAUUGUCUAGGCCCAUGCCCAAAUCAGUGAUGUCUACGCCUUAUUUUUAUUGUUUUUGUUUUGUGUAGAGAUUAAAGUGAAAAGAAAUGAAAAUCCAAUACAAAACGCUUUCAUAAACAAAGAUACAGAUAAGACCCCAAUAAACAGGAAGCCGCCCAAAAGUAUGCCGGAA